AUGGACUCCGUAUCAGAAAAACUACAAAUAUUCCAACCGGUCAACGUAGAUGAAUCCAUUGCUCGAGAAGAAUGGCAUACGUAUCACCCGUUCACCAAAUCAUUUAAGAACAGCGAUGAGAUAGAAAUUGUUAUUAAUCAACAGGAUGUGUUUAUGGAUAUUAGCCAGGCUGAAUUAUACAUUGAGGCCAAAUUUUUGGAAGAAGUAUCGACAGUUGUGAAAACAGGAAAAUGUUCCCUGACAAAUAACGUUGGAGCAUUUCUAUUUGAAUCGAUAACGUAUGAAUUGAAUGGAAAAGUAAUCGAUAAAGUACGAGAUCCAGGGCUUAUAAGUACCGUUAAAAGUCUUUUGUGUCUCAAUCAAAAUGAAAGUACUGCCCUUGAUGUGGCGGGAUGGAAUUGGCCUAGCGGUGCUGUGAAAUCAUAUGAGCCAGAAACAGAUAAUUUCAAGGGAAACAAGAAAGCAGACAUCACCAUUUUGAAUAUCGAGUUAAGAGUAAAACAUAUCUAUCCGAACGAUUCUGUGAAAUUAAAAUUGUUUGAAGCAAUUUCCAAGGACAAACCGAUAUUUAUUGGAUUUAGGAAAUGGGAAAUUCAUGAACUACCUGCUCUACGACAAGCGAGAAAAGAUGUAUGGACAGUGAAGGCAGCAUCUGAACGAGCGAGAUAUGUUGUUGUAUUCUUCCAAGAAGAUCGAAAAGAUAACUAUAAAGCUGAUGGCACAUAUUUCGAUAAUUUGAAAAUUACAGAUGUCAAGCUUUAUCUAAAUUCCGAGGCCUACCCAUAUGAAUCCCUAGAUUUAAAUUUCAAAACCAGACAGUUUACUAAAGCCUAUUCCAUGUAUACGGAUUUUCAAAAAUCGUAUUUGGGAAAGAUCAAUAGCGAACCUUUGCUAGAUUUUACCGCUUUUGCCAGUCGAGCCCUAUUUGUAAUUGAUUGUUCAAAACAAAACGAGGCUCUGAAAAGUAAUGUGAUAGAUGUAAAGCUAGAAUUUGAGAGUUCGGAAAAUUUCCCCGAAAACACCCGAGCAUUUUGUAUCAUCAUAUACGAUCGAGUCAUGGAAUAUUUACCUUUAUCAGGACAUGUUAGAACGCUAAUUUAA